AUGUAUCCGAUGAUGGAGGCGUCUGAUAUCGGAAAGGUGGUCGCCGGACAGGGUGAGGUCUUCCGGUGGCCGCAGGGCGCACGAUUCAAAGUAGCCCACCCACUAUUCAUUUCGUUGGAAUCAUGCGUGAAACAUACCUCCACGGUGCCACCUCUCUCAACCGCUGUCGUGCGUCUAGAAAUUCUCCGGUUGUUGUCGCCGGAGGUGACGGCCGUCGGAAAGGGAUGCGGUCGAGAUGGAUCGACGGCUGUAGAGAUCGAACGCCAGUCGCCAGAAAAAGGAUGCGGCCGCCAUACCUUUAGCGAUGGCCGCUGUCGAGCAUCUGGUGGUGGCCGGGUUCACUGUGUGUUCCGCCAGAAAGUGAUGCGGCCGAGAUGGAGCGAUGGCUGUAGAGAUGGAACGACGUUCGCCGGAAAAUAA